AUGGUGCUGUCGUCAGACAAAGAGACUGAAUCUGAUAAUGUGGGCCUCCAUCCUCGUAAGAGGCAAAACACAGUGUUCGUGCCCAAGCUUCUUGGCGUUAUUGGGGAUGUUCUUGGUGAUGGGUUUUCUGCACCCGGGUGGAAAGAGAUAGUAGUGGUGCCCAGUUCUUCAAAGACAUCGCCUUCUCCGUUUAUUGACUUGCUCACGACCGAUCCAAGUGUUUGUUCUGUACUUGGAGGUGCAUUAGGCGUUUCAGGAGGCUUUCCUUCAUCCGAGAUACCUUACAUGGUUGAAAAAAUGAGGACUACAUCCCAUCCCGUGGAUUCCAAAGCAUAUGUUCCAGGAUGGGCGGUUACUAAAGACUCAUUACUUUCGGAAGACAUUGCCACUUGGGAGUGGAGUUACUAUACCCAUCCUUCAGCCACAAUGAAGUUGCUUGCGGCCCAAUUGGGUGUACACAUGGCCGGCGACCUUCGGUACGCAGCUACUCAAACUUCCACCCAUAUGGUUGCUGCUGCUGACCGGUUUUGCCGCCAUGGCAUAAAUGAAACUCAACUAAAAACUUCACAAGAUGGUGUUGCUAGCUUGUGGGGGGAAUUCCGUUAUUCAGAGGCAGAAUGUCGGAGGCUAUCCAAGAAAUAUUACAUUGUGGCCUGAUGUUACAAUGUGGCCACUCUGGAAGACCAAGCAGAGCGACUUGAAAAUCAAGUGAGUCCUCUAGCUCGAGAGAAGGGUGUUCUGGCGAGGGAGUUGGCCAGGUGCCAACAUCAACUAGCCCGUGCCCAGGUUGAUAGUGUUGUUGCUCGUGGCAACUUGCAAUGGGUGUUGGAAAAGGGUGUGGUCUGA